UGAAGUUUCACUCUGUUUCCUCUUGAGAACCUCGUGCUCAGAUUUCUUUACGGCAACAAGCUCAAGGAAAGGUGCAGAAGGGCUUUCCCAUUUCACAUGGCCAUACACUGAGGUUUCUAAUGGCCUCCAGCUCAGGGCUGUCCAUGUGAGAAGGGAAUCUGAGAAGAGAAGGGCAGACACCUAAAGAGAGAGAAGAGUUUCCCACAGAACAUGGCCUCUACCAAAGAAGAUGGCGUGGAUGAAAGAGCGGUGGACAUUAAAGAGGAGGACUGUGAGCGGCUCACACCAGAGGAUGUGUGUGUGAAGCUGGAGGAUCACGAAGAAAAAAUUUCAGUUUUUAAAGAGGAGGAGUGCAAGGAGGCGACUGCUGCCAUUAAAGCUGAGGAUUUGAAUGAUUUCUCUGCUGGUCUUGAACUUCAAAAGCAUGAAACUGAGGAUAUUUUCAAGCAAGAUGCCUGUGAAGAAUCUCCAUCCAGUUUACAGCCCUGGUCCACUAAUACGGGACGUCUUGCUACGCAGGAGAAUUCUGCAGAGCUGAAAUCGGAGUUAUCGGAGUCUGAAGAGAAAAUCACUGAAGGAAAUGGGAGAGAAGGCGAAGAGUCACCUGGGAGUGUUGGAAUAAAUUUACAGAAGAAUGGCAGCUUCUCUCCACCUUCAUUUGGUCAGCCCUCUCUUCAAUACGAUGAGAAAUGUAUGAAGAAAUCAACAAGUGGAUCAAAGAACCAGACAGAAGCCAUCAAAACUGAUCCACAGCAAGUGGAGAAAGAAAUCCAAAUUCAUACUGGAAGCAAAUGUUGUUUGGAAUGUGGCAAACAAUUCACACAUAAAAAGGAUCUUAAUAAGCAUAUGAAGGUUCACACAGGAAAAACACCUCAUUGUUGUCAUGAAUGUGGUAAGUCAUUCUCAACGAAAGGCCAUCUUCAGAGGCAUAGAAGAAUCCACACAGGAGAAAAACCUCAUUGCUGUCCAGAAUGUGGCAAACAAUUUUCUGACAAACGCAGUUUUCAAAAGCACACGCAAAUUCAUAAUAGAGAGAAAAAGCAGUAUGCAUGUCCCGAAUGUGGCAAAUGUUAUACAAACCAGAAAAGUCUUCAUAGACAUGCCAAAAUCCAUACUGAAGAAGAAUCUUAUGGCUGUUCUCAAUGUGAGAAACGAUUCUUAGAUUUAAGUGCACUUCAGUGCCACAUCAGAACUCAUACUGGAGAGAAACCUUAUUCUUGUCCUGAAUGUGAUAAGCAGUUCUCACAACAAAGCACCCUAAAGAGUCACAUCAGACGUCACACCGGAGAGAAACCUCACCAUUGCUUGGAGUGUGGCAAACAAUUUUCACGCCUCAGUUCCCUUUAUAAUCAUAGGAGAAGUCAUACUGGAGAGAAGCCUUACAGUUGUAGUGAAUGUGGAAUGCGAUUCUCAUAUAACAGUUGUCUUCACAAACAUAAAAUAAUUCAUUCUGGUAAGAAACAGAGCUGUUCUGAAUGUGGCAAGCUUUUCUCAGAUGGCACAACUCUUAAAGAUCACAUGAGAAUUCACUCUGGAGAAAAACACUAUUGCUGUCCAGAGUGUGGCAAACGAUUCUCGCGUCCAAGUUCGCUUAGGUGCCACAGAAGGAUCCAUAUUGGAGAGAAGCAGUACACUUGUUCUGAAUGUGGUAAAGGGUACUCUUCCAGAAGAAGUUUUCGGAGACACACACAAAGUCAUAAUGGAGUUAAACUUGUCCUAUAAAUCACAAAUGGUCUUUCCAUUGGCUCCUCAACCAAAACAAUUGAAAAAAAUCUUCUAAUUGAGGUAAAGGACUCCAGUUGAAAGUAGUUGUAAGGUAUGGUAACCUCAGAGCCACGUAUGAAUUUACAAAGGAAUAAACACACAGGAAUACAACACACAUUUCACAGCAAGAAUCUUCUUCAACAACUUAUAGAUGCAAGAAAAAACCUCAUUGUUGUCCUAAAUGUGGUUAACGCUUUGCAGACAGCAGUCGUAGACGUAAAUAGUCAUAAAUGACUGGCUUACUUGUGGUAAGCCUCUUAGCUGUUCUGAAUGUUGAAAGUGGUCCUCCUGUAUCAGCCAUCAUCAGCAACACGUAAGAUUUCAUGAAGGACUCAGAAACUGUACUGUCAGGAUGUCAACCACACAGGGACUGAUCAUCUCUGCACCGGUGCUGUGACAUAAGAUGGUGAACAAUACAAACACCAGAGGACAGAAUGAGGUAGCAACAGUACUGGGCGGUGAUAACUUCAACCAUAGAACACAACUGAAAAAGUUUAAUGAAAAAAUGGACAAAUCAAGUCCACAAUGCACUGCCAGCUACCAGGAGGUGCCACUCACAACGAGGGGAAUAUUCUUAACCCUGAUAAUGAAGAAGUCAGUUAGUGAGGUCAGCUAACAACCAAUGCUGUCCAAUCAGAUACUGGGGAGGGACAGUCGGGGUGGACAGGAGACCAGAAAGAGAGCUGUCACAUGACAGGCCAAUGUAGAGGGGAUUCAUAAGAUUUUUACACUUAUUUAGGUUAUCAUUUAUAAAUGAUGAGCCUUUACAAACCAAACACAUUCAUUGGCUGUGUGUCAAGGGUGAGUCCAAAAGUGGGAAUUUAAGAAGAUCUAAAUACAAAUAAAAUGAAACAUUCAGGGUUCAAAGAGAAAUGUUUAAGACCUGAAGAGGGUGUCGCAGUUCACUUCUUCAUAUCGAUACCCAAGACAACGUUUCUUGACGUCGAGACUACAAGCUGGACGUCACAGGAGCUCCAAUAAACUCAAACAGCAGGAUGGACAAUUAGAAGCUCUGCUUUGGGAGAGUGUCAGUCAGCUACAAAAAGCUUCGCCUUCAUUUCCUUGACAGAAAACUCCAAAAAGCAGAAGUGGCCCCUUCGCACCCCCACCACUGAAGGUCAAAUUUGACCCCCUGACUACUCGGCAUUGGCUCACUCUGCUUGGACUUUCUGUAUUUUGUAGGUUUUAUGUUUUGUUUUUUAGCCACACUCUCUUUACAUUUCAUUUGAUUGAUGUUCUCAAAUGUGUGAGUAUAGUUUGACUCUUACAAGGACUUAUCUAAAAAGGGUACAUUGGCUAUGAAAUGGAAGAAGGCAGAAAAAUAUAAAAAGUGGAAAAAAUUAAGAGUUGAAAUCGAUGAAAUAUGCUCAGUGGCAGAGGAGACGUGGACAAAAGCAGAAAGGACAGCACAGAAAAGGCAGGUACCAACUGAAAACAAAAGAAGGCUGAUUGGUGGAAAGAACUGUCAGUCACUCCUGCGUGGACUGUUGAGGACAGCCGUGGACUGCAGACUUCAAACUUCAUGUGUUUUUGAUUUCAAAUCUGUGACCAUGCACUGAAUAAGUCUGUUAUUUAUCGGUUCGCAUGUUCUGAAACUGCAACGUCAACACAAAGAUCAUACAUACACGUAAUGUGGCAUGUGUGAUCAGUCACUUUUGUUUGAUUUUUAUCUGCCCUGUAUCGAGUGCCACUUCCAGAUCGGCAACCCCACUGCACCCCGUAGCACAUUAGGAGUUUGGGACUGGAGCACAAAGUGGAUUGGAACUCUGAGAAGGACAGACUUAUAAGACGUGAAUAAAACCAGCUGCCCUCCCUGGUCUGUCUUCAUUCAGAAGGACUCACCUGAGUGGUGUGAUUGUUCUGCGGCACUCCUGUUAGCCGAUAUUUCAUCAGCUUGCUUUCUGCGUUUCAUCUGAUAACCAGCAGAGUUAAUCAAAGAUGAGCCAGGCCUGUUAAAACGGGAACGUUAUUGACAUUUUGUUUUGCUUUAAAUAUUUUUUCUGCUUUUUUUACUUUGAGGUAUUGGAGGCCUUGUACAUUAGAGAUUAUUAAUACAUGAGCAUUUGGUGUUAGUGAAUUGACAAUUAAUAAACUGUUUUUAUUGCUAAA